GCAUGCGUAUAGGGAAGGCCGGGAGCUCCGGGCGGAAGUGACAAACCGGGGGCGUGGCCCGGUGGUGAGGCAGCGGCUGCCGUUGGCGGCGAUGGCGGAGGAGGCCAAGGGGGCGUUCAGCGAGCACGAUGACCGGGUGGGCGGGCGCGUCUUCUCGGGCCGGCGGAAGAAGGGCCGGGGCCCGUUCCGGGGCAAGAUGUACAGCGAGGUGACCCUGAGGGCGCGGAGCCGCGGCGGCCGCCCCCACCCCGACGACAACGACAGUGAUGUCCCCAUGAGCGACACACACGACGGCCCCCGAGCCCGAUACUUGCCCUAUGGGCCCCGGCCCAACCGCACGGCCAACAUCCACAUCACGGUCCGGAGGGAUCUGCCUGCACCGGAGCGGAGCAGCGGAUCCAGCCGGGAAGGGGGGCGCAAGAACUGGUUCAAGAUCACGAUCCCCUAUGGCAAGAAGUACGACAAGUCCUGGCUGCUGAGCUCCAUCCAGAACCUCUGCAGCGUCCCCUUCACCCCCGUCGAGUUCCACUACGACCACAACCGGGCUCAGUUCUACGUGGAGGACGCCACCACCGCCAGCGCCCUCAAGCAGGUCUCCCGCAAGAUCACGGACAGGGAUAACUACAAGGUGGUGAUCGUGAUCAACGCCUCGGCGCCGCCUCAGUCCCUGCAGAACCAACUGAAGCCGGAGGAGGUCGAGCAGCUGAAGCUGUGCAUGAGCAAGAGAUACGAUGGCUCCCAGCAAGCUCUGGACCUCAAGAGCCUCCGCGGGGACCCAGACCUCUUGGCACAGAGCAUUGACGUGGUGCUGAACCAGCGCAGCUGCAUGCUGGUGGUGCUGCGCAUCAUUGAGGAAAACAUCCCCGAGCUGCAGUCCCUCAACCUGAGCAGUAACAAGCUCUAUCGCCUCGAUGACCUCUCCGAGCUGGCGCAGAAAGCAGCCGGGCUCAAGAUCCUUGACCUCUCUCGCAAUGAGCUGAAAUCCGAGCGGGAGCUGGACAAGGUGAAGGGGCUGAAGCUGGAGGAGCUGUGGCUGGAUGGGAACCCCCUGUGCGACGCCUUCCGGGACCAGUCCUCCUACAUCAGCUCCGUCAGAGAGAGGUUCCCGAAGCUGCUGCGGCUGGAUGGGCACGAGCUGCCCCCACCGAUCGCCUUCGACGUGGAGGCACCGACAACGCUGCCACCAUGCAAGGGCAGCUACUUCGGCUCUGAUGACCUGAAGGUUUUGGUGCUGAGGUUCCUGCAGCAGUAUUAUUCCAUUUAUGACUCCAGCGACAGGCAGGGCCUGCUGGACGCCUACCAUGACAGCGCCUGCUGCUCCCUCAGCAUCCCCUUCGGACCCCAAAACCCACCCAGGAACAGCUUGAACGAGUACUUUAAGGACAGCAGGAAUGUGAAGAAGCUGAAGGAUCCCACCAUGCGCUUCAAGCUGCUCAAGCACACGCGCCUCAACGUGGUGGCUUUCCUGAACGAGCUGCCCAAGACCCAGCACGACAUCAACUCCUUCAUGGUGGACAUCUGCGCGCAGACGAACACGCUGCUCUGCUUUGUUGUCCAUGGGAUCUUCAAGGAAGUGGAUGGGAAAUCCCGGGAUUCGGUACGAGCCUUCACACGGAUGUUCAUCGCCGUGCCCGCCGGCAACACGGGGCUGUGCAUUGUCAACGACGAGCUCUUCGUGCGCAACGCCACGACCGAGGAGCUGCGCAAAGCGUUCCUGCUGCCCGCGCCCACCCCCUCCUCCAGCCCCGUGCCCACGCUGGCGGCCGAGCAGCAGGAGAUGCUGGCGGCCUUCGCCAUGCAGUCGGGCAUGAACCUCGAGUGGUCCCAGAAGUGCCUGCAGGACAAUGACUGGGACUACAGCCGUGCUGGACAGGUCUUCACCCAGCUUAAGCUGGAAGGGAAGAUCCCAGAGGUGGCGUUCCUCAAGUGAGCGCCGCCCCCCCCCCCCCCCUUCCUCCCCCCUCUUCCCAGCGUUUUAUUCCUCUCGUUUUGUAAAUAAACCAUUCCUGGCCCCAUUCCAA